AUGGCAGAAGAAGGAAAAGAGGGUAAAGCCGAGGAAACCAAAAAGAUUGUCCACACCUACCCUCUUGUAAGGCAUUCAGAUAUGCCCGAGGAAAUGAGAACUGAAGCCAUGGAAUUAGUUGCUACAGCUUGUGAAAAGUUCUCGAAUAGUAACGAGGCAGCAUCAAAAAUGAUAAAAGAAGAGAUGGACAAAAAAUUCGGGCCACCUUUUCAUGUGGUCGUAGGUGAGGGGUUUGGUUUCGAAAUUUCUUACGAAUGCACAACUUUGUUGUACAUGUUUUUUGGAGGUAAUUUAGCUAUAUGCGUGUGGAAGUGUUAGCUUUAUUGUAUUCGUUAUUUGCGAAUUGCUAAGACAUUUG